UUCGCCUCCACAUCCCCAGGGAGAUCUCCGCGCGUUGAUCAGAGUACCACGCGGGGAAAUCAGUUUCUGACCACCUAUUUAAUAACCCCGACCAUCUCAAAAUAACCGACCAAACAAACCCAGUAAAAUCCCGGCAUGAGGAUACUCCCCGACACCCAGCACGACAGGCUGGCCGUCGACCAAUGUUGAUCGCGGCAUAGCGAGAGGCAUGCCGUGGAACCCUACCACGAGAACUCUGGACUGCACACGAGACGAUUCUGUUCAAAAGCAGGUUCAGUCGAUUCUCCCAUCCUCAUAUUCAUACCUCGACCAGUCUAUCUUGACCAUUGGAUUUCUUCUCCAUCUUCAUACAUUCGAUCAACGAUGUUUAGUACGCGCGGUAUCGCCUUGAUCAUCUCGACGCCGAUCCUUCUGGCUAUCAGCACAUUAUGCUUUCUCCUGCGCAUUGUGGGAAUCUACAUGCGAAAGCGAGGGUGGAGAUCGCAUGAUUAUUUUGCGGGCUUGUCUCUAUUCUGCCUCACGGGAUACGUCUGCGAUGUCAUCGUCGGAGUGGCCGCAGGUGGAUACGGCGCCCACGUCCGCACCGUCCCAUACAACAAGCUCGUCAUCUCACUGAAAGUCUUCUUCGCCUCAGAAUGGUUCUGGGCAACAUCAGUCGCCUCCUUCCGCAUCGCCAUCCUCCUCCUCUACGUCGACAUCUUCCGCAAGCGCGCCUUCUUCUGGGCGGCUAUCAGCACGGGUCUAUUAGUCGUGCUCUACUGGGCUGCCUCCAUCCUCACCAUCGCGCUCCUCUGCCGCCCCAUCAACGUCAACUGGAACCGCACCAUCACAGGCACAUGCGGCAAUCUCCGCAAGACCGAGUUCGCCUCGGCGGGGUUCAACAUGGGUAUUGAUCUACUGGUGGUGCUCCUCCCGAUGCCAGUCGUCUGGAAAUUGCAAAUGUCCAAGGAGAAGAAGUUUGGCGUGACGGCAGCUUUCACUUUGGGAAUGAUAACAGCAGCCGUCAACCUCGGCCGCCUCAUUCAAACUAGUUUCUGCUCAUCCGCCGACCUCACCUACUGCGCCAUUGACAGCUCCAUCCUCGUCACAGCCGAGAUGUCGUCAGGGAUUCUAGUAGCAUGUGUCCCCACGCUAGGGCCCAUACUAUUCCGCACGCGAGCGCGGAACCUCGCCCCGCAACCCCGUCGCAAACUCCCCACCAUCGGAUCGCUGCGGAACUGGUCGCGCCGUCACAGACAGUCUCCAGAUACAUUGCUUGAUUCGCACGAUAGCGACUACGACUGGAACCGGUCGAAGUCGCUUACAGCUGUUCAUGAGGGCGCUAAUACGGGGACUGGGUCUGCGAUGCAUUCUGUGGAUGCAGAGGGACUUGCUCCUCCUGCGGCUGCCGUUUUGCGAGGGGAGGGGAAUGGGGCGAGGAUUGAGUCGAGGGUGGAGAGGGGGGAUGAUGGAUAUGGGGUUGUAUGA